UUUAAAACCUGUACUUACUCGUGAACCGAAACUUUAGUAUACCGAAAGGCAGGCCUUCCCCAACUGUCAGCGUUACCGAUAUCGGCGACGGCGCGUUCUGAGGGUUUUGGCGGUCGCUGCUGCAGUAGACUCGCGCUAGGACGAAGUGACAGCGGUUCAAACUUCAACGGCGGGCGCGAUGGCCACUUUGGCUGAGGCGCCGACGCAAGGCGAGGGGCUGCGUGUGGUCUCGCUGCUACCGUCCGCAACAGAGAUGCUUGCGCUGCUUGGAUGCAACGUGGUGGGCCGCAGCCACGAGUGCGACUACCCGCCCGCCGUGCGCGACUCCGCUCCGGCGCUGACCGGCGCCUUCAACCGCUUCGAGAGCUCGGCGCAGAUGCACGACGCCGUGACGGCCUCGCUGCAGGCGGGCAAGGGGCUUUACUACCUCAACACAGACGUGCUGCGGCAGGUCAGGCCGGACGUGAUCGUGACGCAGAGCCUGUGCUCCGUCUGCGCCGUGGACUACAGCAUCGUACAGGAGGCCAUUGCCGCUCUGGACUCGCCGCCGCGGCUGUUGGACACCAACCCCAUGAGCCUGCAGGCUGUGAUCGCCGACCUGAAGCGGCUGGGGGCGGAGCUGGGCAGGGCGGCGGCGGGCGAGGCGGCGGCGGCGGCGCUGACGGCGCGGGUGGAUGCGGCGGUGGCGACGGCGCAGCGGCUGGCGGCGGAGGCGCCUGGGGGGGCGGCGAAGAAGCGGGUCGUGUUCCUGGAAUGGACCGUGCCGCUGUUCCCGGGCGGGCACUGGACACCGCAGAUGAUUGAGAUGGCGGGCGGGCUGUGCCCCAUCAACCCGCCCAAGCCCGGCGGCGGCGCGGCGCCGUCUCGCGAGGCGGAUCCGUCCGAGGUGGUGGCAGCCGACCCUGACCUGAUCAUCAUCGCGCCCUGCGGCCUGGACCUGCCCACCACACGGCGCGAGAUGGCGGCGCUGGCGGAGCAGGCCUGGUGGCGCGAGCUGCGUGCCGUGAAGGCCGGGCACGUGGCUCUGGUGGACGGCAACCAGCACUUCAACAGGCCCGGGCCCCGCCUGGUGGAGGCACUGGAGUGGCUGGUGGGGCUGCUGGCGGGGCGGCCCGACCUCAUGCCCGCAGACUUUCCCUGGGAGUGGAUGUGAUCAGGGAGACGGCUACCUUGGCCACUGGGAUGGAGCUGGGACCAUGUAACGUGAAUCCACC